GUGUCAAAAUUUAAACGUCUGCCAAACCGCGACGAAUUCCUGAAGCGCGUUUAUUAUUUUUAGUUUUAAUUAUAAAUACGCCGACGAUGUAUUAUGUGAAGUGCAAAUAUUUAAUGUUACAGUAAUUAUAUAGUUGUUUUAAUUAAAUAGAAUAAGUUUAAACAGUGAAAAUGUUCAAUUACAAGUACCUCAGUCGCGAACACCUUGAAGGGUUCGAUAAUUAUAAGUACAUGGCCAUAGACACCAGUCCAUUGAGUGUCUAUGUUAUGCAUCCAUUUUGGAAUAAAGUUGUUGAGUUUGUCCCAAAAUGGGUGGCGCCCAACGUGUUAACAUUCGGAGGCUUCCUCCUCAUCGUGUUCAACUUCUUACUGCUCUCGUACUACGACUAUGAUUACACCGCGGCCAGCACGCCCGUGUACAACGAGACUGUCGGCGAGUCACCGCUUAACGGGCAUAUGGAAGUCAUUCCCCAGUCGCUCUGGUAUGCCAUCGGAGUGUUUCUGUUCCUUGCUUAUACUUUGGAUGGCAUAGAUGGCAAGCAAGCUCGUAGAACACAGACUUCAGGGCCACUUGGAGAGUUAUUCGACCACGGGCUGGACUCCUACACCGUAUUCUUUAUACCUGCCUGCCUUUACUCCAUAUUCGGUCGACUGGAUUAUUCUAUACCGCCUAUUAGAAUAUAUUACGUGAUGUGGAAUCUUCUCUUAAACUUCUACAUAAGCCAUUGGGAGAAGUACAAUACUGGUGUAUUGUUUUUGCCGUGGGGAUACGAUUUUAGUAUGUGGGCUUCCACUGCAUUCUUCCUAUGGACCGGGGUGAAGGGAACAAGUUUCUACAAAAAGUAUUUAUUCGCCGGUUACACCUUAGCCAAUGUAUUCGAAGUGUUGAUAUACGCUACGGGCGUAGUCACCAACCUGCCAGUAGCAAUCUAUAAUAUAUAUAAGUCAUACAAACUCCGUACAGGCAAGAUGCGGUCUCUAACGGAAGCGUUGAGACCUCUUUGGUCUUUCCUCUCGGUGUUCCUCGUCUGUUCGGUUUGGGUGCACAAGUCCAGCCACCUGCCCGACUACGAUCUAAGAGUGCUGUUCCUUCUCAUCGGGACACUGUUCAGUAAUGUUGCUUGCCGCCUCAUAGUGAGCCAGAUGAGCAACCAGCGCUGCGAGGCGGUGAACGGCCUGUGCUACCCGCUGCUGGCGCUGAGCGCGGCGGCGCAGCUGUGGCCGCAGCGCGAGCGCGCCGCCUUCCUCGUCGCCGCCGCGCUCGCUGUGGCCGCGCAUCUGCACUACGGGGCCUGCGUCGUUCGUCAGAUGUGCGACCACUUCCGAAUAAGUUGUUUCUACAUAAAGCAACGCUCGGAUUGACUCUUAGAUGACAAUGCGUGUUAGUAAGAUAACUCGAGUUUUAACAACAUCAUGUACAACAUAUCUACAUAUAUACAGGCUGGAUUAUUUUUAAACAUUUGAUUUGUUGUCGUUCCACAAAGUUCCGUCGUAAUCGGAUGAUUGCUUUGGUAUAAAGAAUUAAUACACUGUAAGAUAUUAAAAUAUAUGAUUUAAAUAGAGGAAAAAUAAUUUAAAAUAUAAAAAAUGUAAUGCUCAAGUUUAAUACUUAUAAUGUUAAAUGUAAACAUUGUAUUAUACCAAUAGCCAAAAUUUGUUUUAUCUCAAAAAUGUAUUUAAAAUAACCCAGUCUAAAAAGUAAAUUGUUUAUUUUAUAGUAAAUUCAUGAAAUAUCAGUAAAAGCUAUUUUUGAACGUCUCAUAAUACAUUUAAGGGCAAGCAUAUUCAUAGCAAGCAAAUUUAUUUUGAAUAUUUUUACUAAACUUUAACAUCUUAUAUUUGCUUGUUGUAACUGUACCUUAAAUACAAGUACAUUAUGUUGUUAUUAAUUUAAAUGUUAUGUUAUAAAGAUUGUACACACAGCAAGAGUGUUUUGUAAAAGGAAUCAAUUGUGUAAAAGAUAAUUAUUAUCUUUCCUUUUCCCUUAACAAAAGAUAAAACAUCUUUCCAUCUUUUUUCUUUUCGUGUACGUCUUUAUUUUGAGUGUUUGUGACACGCGUUGUCUUUGUUAUAACUAAAGGACUUUUCUUUCUCAAAGUGCACUAUAUGUUUAUUAUUAUUAUUCCAAGCUUCUGGCUAUUAUGCAUUUUAGUAUUAAAAAAGAACAUAAAUUUCCAAAUUAUUCCAAAGUUGUGUGACCCAGAAUCUUAAAAGCUAUCAAUGUAUCAAUUUAAUCUUGAUGCAAUAAGUUAAACUCAUUUAUGCGCGGGUUGCUAUGUGUGCGUGCGAUCGACAGCGAUUGUUUAUUAUUGAAGCUUCAAUGUGUGUGACAGUGACACACAAAUGGAAGCUGUGUUAGUACACAACGUCACUGUAUAUAUACAAGUGUCACCCACACAUAGAGCCGCGCGCAAAAA